AUGCUGACGCGUUGCGACUCGCUUGGUCUAGACGGAGGCGCUACGACGCUAAACACCGAUUUCGACUCGGACUCUUCGGCCGCCAGCUACAUGUCGGUCGUGUCCGGAGAGUCCAGCAGAAGGGCCUACCUUAAAAGAGGAAGGGGCUCUUCUGACCCGGAGGAGACAAGUGGCGCUGCUCCCGCUAAGGGGGCAGCGCACAAAUCGAAACGAGGACGGGGCCGGCCCCUCAAUGUUGAACUAGCCGACGCCGAGGUGGCCGCGUCGCUGCGCACAGCGAGAGAGGCACGGGCCUCUAUACCAUCCGGCCCGGCCCAUCUCUCGCUGGCGGAACUAGAGGAGGACCAGACCAGUGUUGCCCUCAACCAAUGCGUUGAGGCAUCACUGAGGACAAUACUGGAGGUAGCAACCAAGUCCACAAACAUUAAAGGGACGUUGGUGAAAGCGCUGAAGGAGGCGGCGGCAAACAUCAAGGCCGCCGUCUCCCAGCUUAGAGAAAGGACUAUGUCGGAGGAGGUGGCGCGGCUGGAAGCAGCGAACGCGCGCCUCCAAAAGGAUAUGGAGGAGCUACGGCGCGAGCUCAAAGACAUAGACAAGCGUCGACCUGCCCAGCCUGGCGAAGCAGACAUCCGUCAGCUGCUGGAGGAAGUAUCGCGUGCCAACGUGGAAACGUUUGGCACCAUACUCAACGCCAGGCUGGCAGGUAUAGAGGACCGUCUCCUCCCCGAACCGCGGCGCCGGCCGCCACUGGCGGCGGACAGGAGAGAGGAAGACGUCGGCCCCCCCUCUUCGCCCCCUAAGGCGAAGAAGGGGGCGAAGAAGAAGAAGGGACCAGCCGAAGAGCCCCUGCCCACAACAUCGGGCAGCGGGGCCCAGGACCGGGCGUCUACUUCGGUGGCGGCCCCAGGCGAGGCUCCGCCCAAAAAGAAAAAGGGCAAAAAGAAGAAGAAGCAGCCGAGCCUGGCUACCAAAGAGGCCGCCCAGGCAAGGGACAGGCCUGCCCCGACGCCUGCCGAAGCCCCGUGGACCACGGUAGUGUCACGCGGGGCCAAGAAAGCAGCCAAGAAGGCGGCAAUGGGGGCGGAAAAUACUCGCCUCCACGAAAAGAAGACCAAACUGCGGGCCCCUAAGACCGCGGCGGUCACGCUCACUCUCGCUCCGGGAGCAGAGGAGAGUGGCGCUACGUACGCCGCGGUCUUAGCGGAGGCCAAAAGCCGUAUUAACCUCGCGGAACUUGGCAUCGCCGACGUCAAGUUCCGCAGGGCGGCCACCGGCGCCCGGAUGCUGGAGGUGGGGGGCGAGGCAGCCCCAGAAAAGGCCGACUCUCUGGCCGCUAGGCUCAGAGAGGUGCUCGGCCCGGAGGUG